GAUGCCCCAACAUUCAGCUUCUGCCAAGAGCACAGACGCAAGAGGGAGAAAAAUCAUCCUUUCAGUUCCAUCGCAGAGCGAGGAGUAGGAGGAGUCAGUCCAGUGAGAUAGUGAUGCUCCAGGCAGGUACCAACAAGUGAGAGGUAGCUGAGAGACUGAGAACGAGGGAGAUGGAGAAGAGCCUGUGAGGGCAGAAGACACCAAGAGCCUUGAGAGAAAACAACAGCCAGUGUGUUUCCACUUUUCCUGCACCAGUUGUUCUUGCUCCUCAUCUCUGCUGCCAUGCUGUGUCCUGUGCUGCUUUGUGCCACUCUGCUCCUCCUGACACCCCUGGAGAUCACAGAGUCUCGCGCUCUGCAUCCCUCUCCUGAUGCUGUGCAGUUUAUGGAGCAGUUUCUGGAACGCUAUAAUGACCUUCUGACCCUGGACGACCUGGAGAACCUGUUGAACAGCCAGCCGGAGGAGCAGUCCACCUUCUCCUCUGGGGUCAAAGCGGCCGAGUACCCUAAAUGGGCCGACGUACAGACGCAGCCCGAGACCCCCUGGCUGCGUCUGCUGAAGGGUGCCCUGGCCAAUCAGAAACGCGCAGAACCCGACCGGUCACGGAGGGGAUGGAACCGGGGUUGCUUUGGGCUGAAACUGGAUCGGAUUGGGUCCAUGAGUGGACUGGGCUGUUAGUGGAGAGAGAGAGAGAUAAAGACUGAUGACAUCCUUCUUAGAUUAUAAUGAGGAGAAACGCACACAUGCAAAAGGCGUUCACCUGCAGUGAAGGAUGUUGACAUGCCUGUAGACUACAUGUAGUGUGGUGUAAACUUGCAGUGUUGCUAAUGUGGUUUCAUCCAGUGUAGGUCAGAUGCUUCACGCUAUCGUGGCUGUUUUAACAGAACAGCUGUAGUUUAUUCCAUGUUUAAGUGUUAAACUGAAUAUUAGAACACGUGAGAUAUGUUUAACAUCAAAUGAUCAUCUUUGAACUGGCACUUUAUGUAUUUCUAGCUUUGUCUGCGCACAGUAAAUGUAAAGAUGUUUAGACAUUUUGUGGCCAGGCGAUUGUGUUUAAAAUCGGGUGUAUUGGACAUGGAUAUCCAGAAAUAGUGGCACCUGUAAUUCCUGCAGAUUGUUUUUUUAUGUUUACUUAUGAUUUGCAUGAAUAAAUGGAUUUGACAUUU